AAUUCGCAUUUACUCCAGUGUUUUGAUGUGUGAAGUACGAACAACGAAAGUUUACUUUUGACUGUCCGAACAACAUUCGGUUUUAAUUGUUCUGUCGCCAAUCACAAAGACUUGCCAACCUGUUAUCUGUAUUUCAAUUGAAACCCUAAACGAAGUAUCGGGUGUUGAUUUCUUAAAAUAACUCUUGCCAGUUCUUGGAUAAGUAUAGUGUCUCAAGAAAACAGUAAAAAUGGUGUCAGCUGGAAUGAUGUGUGUGAAAUAUCUUCUAUUUUGUUUUAAUUUAUUGUUCACAAUUGCUGGAAUAGGUAUACUCACCAUUGGAGUUAUUUUCCAUCUUGUUUAUUCCAACUACUCCAACUUUGUCUAUCCCAGUUUUCAAAUAGCACCUCUUGUUCUCAUAGCAGUAGGUGUUAUUAUUUUCAUUGUUGCUUUCUUAGGAUGCUGUGGAGCAGCAAAAGAAAGUCAGUGUAUGAUUUCAACCUUUGCGAUUCUUUUAAUUGUUAUCUUUGUGCUUGAAAUUGCUGCUGGAAUUAUUGGAUACAUUCACAGAAAUGAAGUGGAGGUCAUGUUAGAAGAUAAACUGAAUUCAACCAUUUCUGAUUAUUAUAUAAAUGAAGAUAUAAAACGUACCUGGGAUGUAGCACAACACGAGGGAGAAUGUUGUGGCAUCAACGGUCCAACCGACUGGCAGAGUGUAACUAAAAAUGACUCGUUGCCUCAUACUUGUUGUCCUAAUACAGCUGAUGAUGGAUCUUGCACAAUGAAAACUGAACAUUAUAAUGCCUCUUGUUUUGAUAAACUCAAGGAACUAUUUUUGAAAAAUGCAACUAUCAUCGAAUCUGUAGGACUUGGAAUUUCUUUAUUACAGGUUUUCGGAAUCGUAUUUGCCUGCUGUUUGAGACGCGCUAUAUGACACGAAUAUGAAACUGUUUAAGAUGUUUACUUUUUUUUUAUUUGCACUGAAUAAUGACUUGAAUAUCAAUGAACCAAAAAAUCCACAAUCAAAUAUUCAUGCUCAUCAAAUCUUCAGGCCAAAUUUAGUCUAUAAGUUUUAUUGAAUUUGUUUUUGUUUUUAUUGUUUGUUUUUAUAUCGUUUUUGACUUUCUAUUUACACAUUUUGAGUAUUAAUUUAUUAGUAUCUAAGAAUUCACAAUGUGCAACUCUUUCACAGAUAAUAAUUCCACUUAUAUUAUUCCCAAAUAUAUUAAAGUAACUGUUUCCUGUACAAGUAUAAUCUACGUUUGUUAGAAUAAAAUAUAUAUUGUUCAUCAAAAAUAUUUAUAUAUCAAUACAGGGUGUUGAAAAUUACACAUGUACCUACGUAAAUUGUUGACUGAAAAGCUUUCCAUGAAAUAGAUGAGGAAUCGUUACGGAAUUCUUUCCAACAGGAAAGAUAUGGAUUUGUCCAGACCAGUAGCUCUAAUGGGAGCGUUAUUUAAGAAAUGUGAUUUUUGGGAUUACCAAAAUUUUUCGUGUGGAAACGGUAUGGCGACUAUAACAUCCUGUAUGUACAAAAAUUUCAUAGGGAACCGUGAAACUGUCUUGAAUUUUUAUGGACUGAUAGUUUAAGUAGACAAACCUUUUUCAAAAUGAGAUUGUCAUGUGAUUCAUAUAUCCUAAAUGUCUGUAGAAAACAAUUUUGUAUAAAACUUGUCAAUAAUUUGUUUUCAAAAUAAAAAUUAUAAUAUA